AUGUAUCCAAAUUCAGGCAUUAACGCGGCAGCGGUCGCGGCCCGUCAUCCGGGCCCACCGCAAUCCGCACAGCCAUUCAAAUUCACCAUAACUGAAAACUGUGAUAGGAUAAAGGAAGAGUUUAAUUUUCUUCAAGCACAGUACCAUAAUCUCAAAAUGGAAUGUGAAAAACUGGCACAGGAUAAAACGGAAAUGCAGCGACACUAUGUGAUGUAUUAUGAAAUGUCAUAUGGGCUCAACGUUGAAAUGCACAAACAGACAGAGAUAUCGAAAAGGCUAAAUGCAAUAAUUACACAGAUCGUGCCGUUUUUGUCCCAAGAACAUCAGCAGCAGGUGUUAACAGCUGUUGAACGGGCGAAGCAAAUCACGAUGUCGGAACUGAACAGCGUAAUUGGGCAACAACAACGACCGGAUUUACCCCGAUUACUACAACAGAUGCAUGCACAACAAAUUCCGGGUGCCCAUGGUGCACCUCCAAUACCGGUCGGUAUGCCUCAUCCUAGUCUUGGUCCGGGCGCUCUAGGAGGACCUUUAGCGCUCGGUAGCACACCUCCACAACACCCAUUAGCAAUCCUUAAUAAACAGGAAUUGCACAGACCAGAGGAAUCCAAAAGUAGCAAUAGCAACAUUAUGCCUUUGGAUGAUAGACACCGAAGUUCAAUUUCCCCUUCGGAUCGAGAUAAAUACCGUCCAAGGACCCCGGAAUCAACACACGAAUUGAAGAAGGUUAAGAAAGAAGAAAAAGACAUGGGACAUUCUGAUGGCGAAAAGUCGGAUCAAGAUUUAGUGGUGGAUGACGCAUCGGAGAUAAAUCCUAUGAGUCCAAUGCCCAACCAGCAUCACAAUGGUACAGCAUCUCCUCGUGAAAAUGGUAUGAUGCAAAAGAAACUGGACGUGCAGGAUAGAGAUCGCAUUGGAACACACUCGCCUCGAUCAGGAACGUCAUCCAAUGCAUCGACUCCUUCGAAUAAGAAACUAGACGACAAGCCUACCACGCCAAUAGCAAAACCAGCUACUCCUACCAACUCUGUUGCAAGUAAUGGUGUACCAAAGGUGGUAAAUAAACCACCCGUAUUGAAUCCCGGUUAUCCACCGUACCUAGCAGGUCCAUUGAAUGGUGCCCCACACGAUUUGCAGGCAGCAGCAGCUGCGGCAGCAUACGGUGGACCUGGUGUGCACAAUAAUCUGCCACAUUCGUUGAAUAACUACGCCCGUGCUCCGUUGGCCUUUGAUCCGCAUCCUCAGAUGCGUGCUCCCCUCGGUCCAAUUGGUAUUCCUGGUGGUAAACCAGCUUAUUCAUUUCAUGUAAAUGCUGAAGGACAAAUGCAACCAGUGCCAUUUCCCCAGGAUGCCCUAGUUGGUCCUGGUAUUCCUCGUCACGCUCGUCAAAUUAGCUCCCUGAAUCAUGGUGAAGUAGUGUGCGCAGUAACGAUCUCCAAUCCAACAAAGUAUGUGUACACCGGUGGCAAAGGAUGCGUAAAGGCAUGGGAUAUUUCGCAGCCAGGAAACAAAAGUCCUGUGUCGCAGUUAGAUUGCUUGCAACGUGACAAUUACAUUCGUUCGGUGAAGCUUUUGCCGGAUGGACGAACGUUGAUUGUUGGAGGAGAAGCAUCAAAUUUAUCGAUUUGGGAUUUGGCUAGCCCAACACCGAGAAUCAAAGCUGAAUUGACAUCAAAUGCUCCUGCAUGCUACGCGCUUGCCAUUUCACCCGACUCCAAAGUUUGUUUUUCAUGCUGCUCAGAUGGUAAUAUUGCCGUGUGGGAUCUUCAAAAUCAGACACUAGUACGACAAUUCCAAGGACACACCGAUGGAGCAUCGUGCAUUGAUAUUAGUGCCGAUGGUUCAAAGCUUUGGACGGGUGGUUUAGACAAUACCGUACGUUCGUGGGAUCUUCGAGAAGGACGACAGUUACAGCAACACGAUUUUAGUUCGCAAAUUUUCUCUCUUGGAUACUGUCCAACGGGUGAAUGGCUCGCUGUUGGAAUGGAAAAUUCAAAUGUGGAAGUAUUGCAUGCUACUAAACCGGAUAAGUAUCAGCUACAUUUACAUGAGAGCUGUGUACUGAGUUUGAAAUUUGCCGCAUGCGGCAAGUGGUUCGUUUCGACUGGUAAAGACAACUUACUGAACGCAUGGAGGACGCCUUACGGAGCCUCAAUUUUCCAGUCGAAGGAAUCUUCCUCGGUGCUAAGCUGUGAUAUAUCCGCCGAUGACAAAUAUAUAGUUACGGGCUCAGGAGAUAAAAAGGCCACUGUUUACGAAGUAAUCUACUAA